CAUGACAUCAGAGCAAGGCGGAUGUAACUCGGACACAUUUCUUAUAGCCACAUGCAUCUCGCGCUGAUCACCGGUGAUCGGUUCUGCGCAGAAUUUGGCUAUCUCAAACGAGCCUACUGCUUCCUCUUUCCGGCGUGAUGACCUCAAUUGUCCUAAAAAUGCGCUCCCGUGUACCCUUGUGGACUCGUGCCUAGUGCCCUAUAGGUCUGCACUUCCUGACGUCAACAAGUGUGGACUCGGAGAAGGUCCACAAGACCGGAGUGCGCCAUUUGGGACAGGAACACUGUCUAUGGCCAAGACCGCAAGUGGAGAUAUUUGGACGCAGCCGUAAUCUCUGAUCCACAACCUCCAGUAGAUGGCGAUAAUCCUUAAUUUAAGAAUGCGAGCCGCCAGAAAAAAGAAGAACAAGGGCGGAGUUUAUGUCACAGUCAGACGCGGGAAAUGGACGCGGCAGAAGUGGAGUUUCUCGCAGAGAAAGAGAUUGUGGAAAUUAUUCCCAACUUCAGUCUCGAUAAAAUUUAUUUAAUCGGGGGGGAUCUCGGUCCGUUUAACCCGGGACUACCAGUGGAAGUUCCGGUGUGGUUGGCCCUUAAUCUCAAACAGAGACAUAAAUGCAGGAUCAUACCUCCUGAAUGGAUGGACACUGAAAAACUGGAGGAGAUUCGUGAACAGGAGAGAAAACUGGACACUUUCACUCCCAUACCAAGCCCAUAUUACAUGGAGCUGACAAAAUUAUUACUUAACCACGCUGCAGAUAAUAUACCCAAAGCCGAUGAUAUCCGCACGCUGGUGAAAGACAUCUGGGACACGCGCAUGGCCAAACUGAGACUUUCUGCUGAUAGUUUUAUCAGCCAGCAGGAGGCUCACGCACAGCUGGAUAAUCUCACGCUGAUGGAGAUCAAUACCACACGCUCCUUUCUGUUGAAUUCUCUCAACUACAUGUAUAAACUGCGAAAAAACCUGCAGCCGACCAGAACUCAUGACUACUAAGAUGUUCGAAGUCUUCCACAAGACUUAACUUUCAUAUUUACACAUAAAGACAGACAAUAAAACUGGUUUCAUGUUAUAAAGGCUAAUGUCAGAAGUGUCUUUACAAUGGACUACUUAAAUCAUAUUGUAAAUAAAACAUUCAUAUUUAGAGAUGUUAGUUUUGUCAUCCUUUUGGUAGUUAUUUGAUGUUCUUCAAACUAAAUGUCCUCUAUGGAAAAUCUUCAACUUUACCAGCCCUACUGCCACCAGGUUUUUGCAGUGAAAAGGGUUUGUUGACGGACUAUAGUGAUUUUAAAGUUAAAAGUCAUUACUGUUGGAUUGGAUCAUAGUCAUUCAAGCUGUACUUUUAAUAUAGCUGAUGUGUUUUUUGUUUCUGACUUAGAGCUCUGACUUGGUCAUGUAAAUAAAAAAAAAAUUGGAUUUUCUGAUUAUGGCAUGAACAGCCACUCAUCUCGGUUAUUUUAUUG